AUGAAGUUCAACCUUGCGGCUUCGUCUUUGAAAGGUGCGAUACUCUUUCUGUUUCUUCUCACUGCAACAAAAUCCGAUGACUACGAUUUGACUGAGCUCAUGUGUGAAGAGUAUUAUGCUCUCUUAUUCGAUCUCAGUUGCGGCCCCAGAGCAUGCAGUGCCAAUUGGACAAAUAAAGAGAUUAAUAUGACUUCAUCAACUCAAUUUGGAACGACCCAAUCAAUUAGAAAUGCAACUGAAGAGGACACAACUGGGGAACACGAGAGCAUAACUGAAUUAACUACUACAGAAAUGCCUUCAAAUAAGACAGUGAUAUUUGAGUCCACAAUUGAAGUUGUUUCAACUGAAGCUUCAACGGGAAAGAAUCAAGAGAUGACUACGCAUAAACCAGUGUCGAGAAAAACUCGUUCAAAGCUAGACUACGCAGCACUCCGCAUCGUCAUUAUGGGGAGAUCGACUAAAUCGAUUACCGACAUCGAGUCUUCCGCUCAAGCUAUCUCGAAGAUGACCGACACCACAGUUGAAUCGAUUGCCGAAGAAGUUUCACUGACGAGUUUCGAAACAACAUUCAAUGUGACUACUAUGACUGGCGUGCACACAAACCCAAUCAUUGUGGGAACAACGAUCACAGCUGAAUCCACGGUAACAUCGACAACAACUCCAAUCUCUACUCAAGAAAGCACAAAACCGACAACAAAACCGGAAUCAACGAUUGAGACAGAUGAAUCGACUACAACCAAACCAUCAACUAAACCUUCAACCACCGAGGCUCCAAUGACUGACAAGGAAAAAGCGCCAACCACUCUCUCGGAGAUUUUGUUGACUCUCCAACCCAUCGAUCCAUCCACCAUUUCGCCAUCGAGGAUGACUACUGGAACGACUGAUGGAACGACUACUGGAUCGACUUCUGGACAAACUACAAAACCAACCACAAAUUCGACCGACUCUCUCUUGAUGACAGGGUGGACCAACUUUCCCUCAACGAUGCCAACAGUCAUCACUCAGCUUCCAGUCCCAGCCCCUUCAACUCCAAAGCCGACAACGGCAACUGUGACUCCAACUACAAUAACUCGAUCAACCACAAGGCCCACAACCAAAUCGACGACAAAGACCACAACUGAAAGCCCAAUGGUGGCCACAACAAGGACAAUUAUGAGAACUGUGGAAACUCCUAAUGAUUCGACAACAAUUCCCGUCACAAUCACCUAUCAAACGACGGAGACGGUGGCUGAUAUUUUGAGCGCAAUGCCGGGAAAGAUGACUACUACAGAACAAGCUACAAAGAAGCCGACAACUACUACAACUGCUAAAGCCUCAAUUCCAACGACAACCGAGCCAACCACUCAACAAUCAACUGUCUCGACCUCGACAGCAUUGACAACUAAACCAACCGCCACUACAACCACUACUACACUGACGGCUAUAUCAACGGCUACAACGACUGAUAAAACUAUAGCUGCACCAACAAUAACAACUACGGCUGUGCUGAGCACAAGAUCAUCAACCUCAACUACAAACACAACGACGACUGAGCCCAAGAGCACUAUCGACUUGGAGUGCAAUGGAAACCCGAUGUCACCGAUGCCUUUUGAGGGAAUGGUCCCAAGCAAGACAACUUGUGGAGCCUGGGCCUUCGAUGUCUUUGAAUCGACCACAACUGUGCCCGCCUCCUGCCUCAUCGCUUGCCCAACUGGAUACACCAACUUUGCUCAA